AUGCCCCGCCACUCACCUCGCCAUUACUUUGCUCAAAAACCACCUAUCAGGCCUGUCGUCCACAAGAAUGUCAUCUACAAUUGUCGCAUCAUCGCCCACGACCGCAAGAUCCUCCUCAUUCGCCCAAAAAUGUGGCUGGCCAACGACGGAAACUACAGAGAACUUCGGUACUUCACGCCGUGGGCUAAGCAUAGGCAAUGGGAGGACCACUAUCUUCCACGGAUGAUCCAAGCUAUCACUUCUCAAACGUUCAAGGUCAAGGUUCCGUUCGGCGACGCCGUUGUCAGUACAAAGGACACUUGCAUCGGUGUAGAACUAUGCGAAGAGUUGUUCACGCCAGCGAGCGGUGUCCCCAGCCCCCACAUUCUUAUGGGGCUCGACGGGGUCGAGGUGUUUACAAACUCAAGUGGGAGCCAUCACGAACUGCGGAAACUCUACACUCGAGUAGAGCUGAUCAAGGAAGCAACUCUCAAGCUCGGUGGAAUCUACCUCUACGCGAACCAACAAGGAUGCGAUGGGGACCGUCUCUACUACGACGGCUGUGCACUUAUCGCGGUCAAUGGCCAGGUCGUUGCGCAAGGAUCCCAAUUCUCCCUUCGUGAUGUGGAGGUGGUCACAGCUACAAUAGACAUCGAAGAUGUUAGAUCCCAUAGAGCAAAGAGCAGUCGAAGUAUGCAGGCAGCCUCUGCGGAGCGAUACUCCCGAGUGGAGGUCCCCUUCGAGUUAUCCACUGGUCAUGGCCACGAGCCGGAGGAGAAGGACAUGAUUGGGAAAGCUGCAACCAAACCAAUAACCGUGCGUUAUCACACGCCUGAAGAAGAGAUUGCUCUUGGACCUGCUUGUUGGCUUUGGGAUUACUUGCGAAGGUCGAGAACCCAGGGCUACUUUGUUCCUCUGAGCGGUGGAAUCGAUAGCUGUGCAACCGCCGUGAUCGUGUUCUCCAUGUGCCGCUUGGUAACUGAAGCAUCGGCUCGUGGAGAGCAACAUGUCAUCGCCGACGCAAGGAGAAUGACCGGAGAACCUGUGGACUCUACCUAUAUUCCGACCGACCCCAAGGAAUUCUGCAACAGGAUUUUCCACACCUGCUACAUGGGUACUGAGAAUUCGAGUGCGGAAACUCAGAGCCGGGCGAAGGACCUGGCAAGUGCGAUCGGAAGUUACCACGUCGACUUGAAUAUGGACACAGUGGUGACCAGCGUUCGAACCCUCUUUUCCAUGAUCACCGGGAAAACGCCCCGCUUCCGAUCGCAGGGAGGGACCAACGCGGAGAAUUUGGCCCUUCAAAACAUCCAAGCGAGGUUGCGCAUGGUGUUGGCGUACAUGUUUGCGCAACUUCUUCCUUGGGUCCGGGGCAAAUAUGGCGGGUUGCUCGUACUAGGUAGCGCCAAUGUCGACGAGAGUCUGCGAGGCUACUUGACCAAAUAUGACUGCUCUUCUGCGGACAUCAAUCCUAUUGGUGGCAUCAGUAAGACCGAUCUGAAGAGGUUCAUCGCCCACGCAGAAACUGCAUUUGACCUUCCAAUCCUCAAGAGUUUCCUGGACGCCGUCCCUACGGCAGAGCUAGAACCCAUUACUGAGACUUAUGUUCAAUCGGACGAAGCUGACAUGGGAAUGACUUACGACGAGCUCUCCGUCUUUGGUCGACUACGCAAAGUAGAGAAAUGCGGACCGUACAGCAUGUUCACAAAGUUGGUGCAUGAAUGGGGCAGCUAUUUGUCUCCCACACAGAUUGCAGAGAAAGUUAAAUUGUUCUUCUUCGAGCACGCACGUAAUCGUCAUAAGAUGACGACGCUAACGCCUUCGUACCAUGCUGAAUCUUAUAGUCCAGAUGACAAUAGUGAGUGGCUCAUAGACACAAAGCAAACAGCAGAGCUGAUGCUUGAGACAGGAUUCGACCUUCGGCCGUUCCUUUAUAACGCUCGCUUCCCAUGGCAAUUCAAGAAGAUUGACGACCUAGCCGCCGCCCUGCCUGAUAAAUCAGGAAUCGAGGAUAGUUGUAAGCCUAAAUCGGACUAG